UCCCGGUUUUGGCGCCGACUACACUGCUGCCAGAUCGCUCAACUAUGCUGGUCGUGGGUUCCGAGCUGCAGUCCGGCGGCGCUCAGCAGCCGGGCGCCGAAGCCGAGCAGCAUGGCGAACUCCAGUACCUGAGGCAGGUGGAGCACAUCCUGCGCUGCGGCUUCAGGAAGGAGGACCGCACGGGCACUGGUACCCUGUCGGUGUUCGGCAUGCAGGCACGAUACAGCCUGAGAGAUGAAUUUCCUCUGCUCACAACCAAACGAGUGUUCUGGAAGGGUGUUUUGGAGGAGUUGUUGUGGUUUAUCAAGGGAUCCACAAAUGCUAAAGAAUUGUCCUCCAAGGGAGUGAGAAUUUGGGAUGCCAAUGGAUCCCGAGACUUUUUGGACAGCCUGGGCUUCUCUGCCCGAAUGGAAGGGGACCUGGGCCCAGUUUAUGGUUUCCAGUGGAGGCAUUUUGGAGCAGACUACAAAGAUAUGGAUUCAGAUUACUCGGGCCAGGGAGUAGACCAGCUGCAAAAAGUGAUCGACACCAUCAAAACCAACCCUGAUGACAGAAGAAUCAUCAUGUGUGCCUGGAACCCCAAAGAUCUUCCCCUGAUGGCACUGCCUCCUUGCCAUGCCCUCUGUCAGUUCUAUGUGGUGAAUGGGGAACUGUCUUGCCAACUUUACCAGAGGUCAGGAGACAUGGGUCUGGGCGUGCCUUUCAACAUUGCCAGCUAUGCUCUGCUCACCUACAUGAUCGCACAUAUCACGGACCUGAAGCCAGGUGAUUUUGUCCAUACUUUGGGAGAUGCACACAUUUACCUGAAUCAUAUCGAGCCUCUGAAAACUCAGCUACAGCGAGAACCAAGACCUUUCCCAAAGCUCAGAAUCCUUCGAAAAGUUGAGACGAUCGAUGAUUUCAAAGUUGAAGACUUUCAGAUUGAAGGAUAUAAUCCACACCCAACAAUUAAGAUGGAAAUGGCUGUUUAGCGUGCUUUCCGUGCUUUCCGUGGUGCUGUGACUGUCACCAGUCUUCAAGGGUUGAGCCUGAUGACCAGGGUAGAUUUCGAAAGGAAAAUGAACUAGGUCAAAAACUGACAAGUUAUCUAUCUGUAACGAUCCUUGUCUAAAGUGACACUGACACUGAGAAACUAUCUUUUAGUAUUUACUGAAGGUGCAUACAAAGCUGAGAUUAUACACUUGGAAAAAAAAAAACAGGCAAUUAUAUAUAUCUAUAAGAAGGCUGGUGAAAUUCAGAGUAUAUAUUAUUUCUUGAAACUUGAAAUAUGUUAGUGUUCAUUUAUAAACAUAUUAUAUGCUCUAGUAGUUAAUUGUUUUUGUCUGUUUCUUAAAGAUUUUUAGUUUUUGUGUGGACAUAUAGGUCAGAGAGUUCGAGGUUAGGCUUAGUAACAGGCCCAGUUUCUGCCUAGACUAGACUGACCUGAAAACUUUAAGCCUUCAUUAGCUUAUUGUGACAGUCUUAUGUAUCUCAGGCUGGCCUCAAAUACUCGGAAGCUGGGGGUGAAUUUAUUCCUCAUGCUCCUGACUCUCCCUUUUAUCUGCUGCCUGCAAAGCAAGAUUGGAUCUAGCCGUAUCAGCCUAGGACUUAUAAAAGCAAAGCCUACAAGAUUACGUUUAUUCUGCCUAUGUGUAGACAGGGUCUCGUUUUAACCUGUAUGGUUUGCAGUUGUCCUAGUCAUCUUUUUGAGCAGAGCAGCAAGUUUGAUUACACAGGCAAAAAUGGCAGUUAGUCUGAUGACCUUUUAUCUUGCUAGAACAGCAAGUUUUAGAAGAUCAACUUAAGAAUGGACUUCAACAUCUGGUUCAAAAAGGAAAGUGGACAGAGUACAUACAGUCUGUAUAAGCUAAGGGUUUACAUGGUAGGGACAUGUAAAUGCAAUGUUAACCAUCACAAGAUAAUGGUUUAAAUCACCUGUUAAGGUUUCGUUUGGGGAGUGGUAUGGGAGACGAUGUUUUACACUUUAGCCCUGACUGGCCUGGAGCUCAGUAUGCUAGCCUCAAACUUGUGGCAAAACUCCAGCUUCCUGCAUGCUAAGAUUAUAUAAUGGGGAGCUCCAAUGCCUGGCUUAAGACAGUUUUGUAAGAGUUUUGCAAUGUGAAGAAAUAUGAUUUUGUUCCCUUUCAAUGAGGUGUGAAGUCUCUAAAAUGCUUAGACUGUUAACAGAAGGGUGUGGGUCCUUCGUGUUGCUCACAGCGGUGCAGAACCAGUUUUAUUAUUUUUUUUAUAACAAGUGUUAGAAUGAAGAAUUAACACAACAAAUUAUGAAACAUGUUGCUUAUUCUUCAAAGUAUAGCACUUAAUAAAUAUUUUUAAAUAACA